AUAUUGACACAGUGUUUUUUCUUUCUUCAGGAUCUUGAUGCUGGUGUAAGUGAACAUUCAGGUGACUGGUUGGAUCAGGAUUCAGUUUCAGAUCAGUUUAGUGUAGAAUUUGAAGUUGAAUCUCUUGAUUCGGAAGAUUAUAGUCUUAGUGAAGAAGGACAAGAACUCUCAGAUGAAGAUGAUGAGGUGUAUCGAGUUACUGUGUAUCAAGCAGAGGAGAGUGAUACAGAUUCAUUUGAAGAAGAUCCUGAAAUUUCUCUAGCUGACUAUUGGAAAUGUACUUCAUGCAAUGAAAUGAAUCCUCCUCUUCCAUCACAUUGCAACAGAUGUUGGACCCUUCGUGAGAAUUGGCUUCCUGAAGAUAAAGGAAAAGACAGAAGGGAUAUCUCUGAGAAAGCCAAACUAGAAAACUCAGCACAAGCCGAAGAGGGCUUUGAUGUUCCGGAUUGUAAAAAAACUACAGGGAGUGAUUCCAAAGAGUCAUCUGUGGAGGUAAAUGAUGAUAAAAUCACUCAGGCCUCCCAGUCACAAGACAGUGAGGACUAUUCUCAGCCAUCAACUUCCAAUAGCAUUAUUUACAGCAGCCAAGAAGAUGUCAAAGAGUUUGAGAGGGAGGAAACCCAAGACAAAGAAGAGAGUUUGGAGUCCAGCUUUCCCCUUAGUGCCAUUGAACCUUGUGUGAUUUGCCAAGGUCGACCUAAAAAUGGUUGCAUUGUCCAUGGCAAAACAGGACAUCUUAUGGCAUGCUUCACGUGUGCAAAGAAGCUGAAGAAGAGGAAUAAGCCCUGCCCAGUGUGCAGACAGCCAAUCCAGAUGAUCGUGCUAACGUACUUCCCCUAGCUGACCUGCCCAUAGAGUAGCAUACGGAUUUCUAACUAUAUAACUCUAACAAUUUAGACAACAUGGAUUUUAUUUUUAUUUACAUAUAUCAAAGUGAGAAAGUGUCUCAAUCCAGAUAGGUUUUUUCUUUAGUGUACUUUACCUACUUCAGGAGAGGAAUAGUGAGUAUUUAUUUCCUUUUAGGAAAAUUUCACUUUUGUUUGUAUUUGGCUUUUAAUGUAAUUUGAGUUGGAUGUAUAGCUCAUCCUUUACCCAUGCUCCUUUCUCUUAAAUGAGAAGUAUCUGAUUUUUUAAAAUACAUAUAUAUUAGUAGGACACCUAAAUGUAAUUUAUUUAGUACCUUACUUGUAUGGAGAAAAUGUGCAGUAGAUUUUGAUUAAAUUUUUGGAAGCUCUUAAAUCUUCUAAUGUUUAGUUUUUCUGAGCCUCUUGAAAAUAUUCUUCCUGGGUAAAAAAGAAGCUGGUAGUUGUGUUUGUUGCUAUGUGAGUAGAAAUGUACGUCUUAUUCCUUAGUGCCUUUGGUUAUACUCUGAGGGCUAGAUGGUAAUGAUGAUGUCAGUGAGCACAGCUGUCACUCAUAAGAUAAAACUCUUUUAAAAGUUUCCCUAGUAAAAUGUAGAAUUGUCUUGGGAGUCUAAUCUCUAGCACACCAGGCUGUUUUUCACAAAAAAUCCUCUUCAGAGCAGGACACGGUGGCUCACACCUGUAAUCCUAGCACUCUGGGAGGCUGAGGUG